CUCUCCUAGAGUUUGACACUUGACACCUGUGUUUGCUACUCUACAACUGCUGCAGAAGACUACACGUUUAAGAACUAUUUGGAUAGGACAAUUGUGCAGGCGCCCACUCGACACCUUGGGAGAGUCACCGAUUCGCCUCCGACCGACGAACGGCCCCUCCUGGCCAGUGGCCACGGUCUGGACACCAAGCUUGCCAGAUUUGGCUGCGGCUAAUCUCGCGACGGGCACUAUCCUCGAGCACCUCACUCCAUACCGCUUGGUAUAUAUCGCAGCUUUCCGUCCCCCUCCUCUCUCCCUGCCGCCGAGUAUGGCGGCGUGAAAAUGGGUUCCGUCUUGAGGCGCUCGCUGCCCAGCACAAUCAUCAGUACUAAAGACGCACCGCCAGCCCCCGUCAGCACCACCGUUGCCAGCAGCGCCAUGGCUGGGUCAGGGUUCGUGAACUUCUCUAGGACGAUUCUGCUCCCUCUAUUCAUUUCCCUAGUCCUUUAUCUCUUGGUGUUCUACGCCUUACUGCCUCUCUAUCGUCGCCAUCGAGCUCGGUAUUCACAGUACCUCCCACUCCCACUCCAAUCCGUCCAAACCGCCUCUUAUUCUCUCUCCACCCGCGUCCUCAACCUAUUAGUACCGCCUCACAUACGCUACAUACUACCAGCACUCUCCGCCCGACUCUUUAUGCCCUCAACAUGGUCGUUUCGGUUCGCACGAGACCGGUCCAACAGCAUCGUUAGCGCCGACGAUGGCACUCUUUUUGACGAAGAAUCCGGAGAGGCUAUGGUCGGGUUUGACGCCCAAGAGCGGAAUCGGAGAAGGGACGCCAUGGAGAGACAGGUUUCCAACAUGGAUGCCGCCACCAGAACCGUGAGUCGCAGUGGGGGUGCAGGAGGGGAGCACGAGUCGGACUCGAACCGACGACUAAGUCGAGAGUUGGAGGAAGUAUUCCGUGAUGAUUCCGAUGAAGAUGAUGAAGACGAUCAGGUCGUGGUCGGCAGACGAGGCAGCAGUGCUAGGACAUGAGUAGGAUCACGAUGCCACGAGUGAAACUCAAUUCGAAGUGGAAAAUGGACACAACUAUUUCUUUUCCGGACUAGGGAAGCUAUGUGUUGGACAAGCACCGCCCGUGUCGGGCUUUAGGCCAAGGACAUUAUCCGAGUUCCUUCAAUCGAAACAGUCCAUCCCGCCCAAGGCUGUAAUCCAUCCGGUGAAACCUCUUCUUUUGGCGAGCAUCAUUCUCUUGACAUUUUGAUCCCCACGGUCGACCACCUACGGAGGGAUCUCAAGCAGGAAGGUAGACGAGCAAAAGAACGGCGUUGCUUUGUUUCACGAUCCGCCAGGGUACAUACAUAGACUGAGAUACAAGUCUAUAGAAAAGAGAGCUGAGGACUUUCCCCUACUUCUAUGACGCUGGGCGCAGGAUUGCAGUAGCAGGAGUAGAACCUCUAAGCUUCCAUGUACUGGUGGAUCGAAAGAGAGAGACAGAAGCGUAAUAGAACGGUAUUUGGACGCCUGAGAGAAUUGUUUUGGUCCCCUUUUGAUAGGAUGGAUGAAACAUAAAUAAAUGCGGCUAUAUAUGUACAGUUGGUC